AUGAACCCUUCCCUAAAGCGACGAGGAACUAUGCAAGAAAAUGAGACAAAAAGAGUAAAAAAGGUCUGUGAUUAUGGCGAAAAAUGCUACAGAAUGAAUCCUGUACAUUUCCGUGAAUUUAGUCAUCCGCAUUUGGAAUCUAUUUUGGAUAACCACACCAGUGGCGGAGAUUACCCCAUCCCAGAUAAAUACAAUCUCCAGAAGAAAUUGAUCACUGAACAGCUUGAUGUUAUAAUCGAAAAGGGAUUCUAUGCUCCUCGGAACAAUGUACAAAACAACCCAAAACAAAUUGAGAACAAACAAGAAACAUACAGGGACAGACGAGAAGGGAAAAAUGUGGAACCAGAGGCAAGUUCUGCUAGUCAUCAAAAAGUACCGGACAAACCUGAGAAUACAAAAAUAAUGUCUUUAAAUAAUGAAGCCAAAAUUAAGACACCUAUCGAUAGAGGGGGAGUUGUUAAAGAGAAAUCCAGUUACUCAGAUUAUCGUCCCAUAAUACCUCCGACUCGACGUGUAGAAGAUUAUUUGAACGUUGUAAGGCCUAAAGGGCGAAUGGCUGCAAAGCACGAAGCCAGUGCGCCCUUUUAUAUUUUUUACACGACAAUCACGGCGGCAAAGGAAACGCAUUCGCAGCCGUUCUCUAUAACAUUCCAAGAAAUUUUAGAUAGAAGCUUAGGCGAGUUGAAGUGUUCGUUGCAAAUCAAUUUUAUGGUCGAGCUUGGAUGGCUGCUGGCUCAGUACUACUUCGCUGGUUACAGCGAGAAGAAGCUAACGAUAUUGUACGGUGAGGAUUCUCAGGAUUUAAGGACGAUCAGCCAGAAGAAGCCACACGUUGACGCUCACCUGGUGCCGAUGGCGACUCCGUUCGGUAAACAUCACACUAAAAUGAUGAUCUUGUGUUACGAAGACGGGUCACUUCGCGUUGUAGUAUCGACAGCCAAUCUGUAUAUUGAUGAUUGGGAGAACAGAACGCAAGGUCUGUGGUUCAGUCCAAAAUGCCCGGAGUUGCCGUCGGAAGCGAUGCCUCAUGAUGGAGAGUCCCCGACGAUGUUCAAAAAGUCUCUGUUGCGCUAUUUGAAUCACUAUCAUAUGCCUCAUCUCACCUACUACGUUGAAAGAGUGAAGAGAUCGGAUUUCAGUCACAUUAAUGUUUUCUUAGUAGCAUCGGCUCCUGGAUCUCAUUUUGACAUGGACUGGGGCAUGACCCGUGUGGGCUCAUUACUGCGGCAGCACUGCUGUAUACCACCCGAGGAACAGCUCCAGUGGCCCCUGGUGGCACAGGCCAGCAGCCUGGGUAGUUACGGCAAGGAUCCGAAGCUCUGGUUGACCGGAGAUUUCCUUCACAACUUCACGAAAAUCAAGAACCAAUCGCAGAUGUUGUCGUCUCCGCCUACUUUGAAACUGAUUUAUCCAUCUUUAGAAAACGUCAAACAAUCUCACGACGAUUUGUUAGGAGGCGGUUGCCUGCCUUACGCAGCCGAAGCGCAUUCGAAACAACCUUGGCUAAAUAGCUUUUUAUAUCAAUGGCGAGCUGCGUCCACGAAUCGAAACCGGGCGAUGCCCCACAUAAAGUCCUACACCCGGGUGUCGAAGGACGGCAGGAAGGCAGCGUACUACCUGCUCACGUCGGGGAACGUCAGCAAAGCGGCCUGGGGCUCGAUGAACAAAGGAAACGGAGCGCUCAGGAUAAUGAGUUACGAAGCCGGCGUGCUGUUCCUGCCAAAGUUUGUUACCAACGAAGAUUACUUCUCUCUAGAACAAAACGCCCGGAACCGGCUUAUCGUGCCAUACGACUUACCGCCAGUCAAAUAUACGGAUGGCAUGUCGCCCUGGGUCUCUGAUUACCUCAUGUGAAGAAGUAGAAGAAGAUUACAUCAUGAUUGACUUGAAGACUCGACACUAGAGGCGCGCUCUCAAAUUUCAUUCGAUCCUAAGACACAGGAAUUAGAAAUCGAUUUCAGAAU